AUGGACCAAAUGGCAGAUAUGGCAGAGUUAUCAUCCGCCCAGAUCCAGGCUAAUAAUGCAAUGAAUCGGAUGACGCACAUGAUGGCGAGCUCCUCACGGACGAUGUCUGUAGCUCAGAGAAACACCCUUCUCACCCUUGAGCAGUUUAAACAGCAAAAUGAGGAGUAUGCUAUGUCAAAUGGCAUCUAUCAGGACGCCAUUGCCCAAUCUACAAGCGCCCAAGUAUCGGACGAUGCUGUACACGAGCUACUCGGAAAGCUGGCAGAUGAUGCAGGUGUUGAGCUAAGUGCUGAGCUCAAUAGCCCUAAACCUGUUGCAGCUGAGCCUGAAACUACUGAGCCGACCGCUGAAGAAGAGGACAAACUCCAACAGAGACUUCGCGCCCUGAGGGCGUAG